UAACAGAGUGUUGUUGACGAAGACUGCAGAUAUGAUAAAAUGGUUCUUGGAGGAAGAUGGUACAGUAGCUAUAUUCGAUGCUACAAAUUCCACACGAGAAAGACGUAGUAUGAUAAUUAACUAUUGCAAGAAAUAUGAUGUUCAAGUUAUGUUUAUUGAAUCUAUUUGCCGAGACGAGAGUUUAAUUAUGCAGAAUAUUAUGGAUGUAAAAUUAUCAUCACCAGAUUAUAAAGAUAUGGAUCCAGAACAAGCAGCACAGGAUUUUCGAGCUAGAAUAUCACAUUACGAAGAAAUCUAUGAAACGGUAGAUGAAACGUCAAGUAGUGAAAGUGAUUACACAUUUAUCAAACUUAUAAAUGUUGGAAGUCAAUUUAUGAUUAAUAUGAUUCAAGGAUAUUUGCAAAGUCGAAUAGUAUAUUAUUUGAUGAACUUGCAUAUUUUGCCCAGAAGUAUUUUCUUUUGUAGGCACGGUGAAAGCGUAUAUAAUUUAGAGGGAAAAAUUGGAGGCGAUUCAAAAUUAUCGCCACGAGGUAGAAAAUAUGCAUUAGCACUUCCUGAACUUAUUAAAGCAAAUUUAGGAGAUCAGCCCUUGACAGUAUGGACGUCAACAUUACAACGUACAAUAGAAACGGCCAAACACUUACAGUAUCCAAAAUUACACUGGAAGGCAUUAGAAGAACUGGACGCGGGUGUUUGUGAUGGAAUGACAUAUGAAGAGAUUGAGGAUACUAUUGCAUUAGAAAAAUACCCAGAAGAUUAUAAUAAUCGAGAUGAAGACAAAUUCAAUUAUCGGUAUCGUGGCGGCGAGUCUUAUCGUGAUGUAGUCUAUCGUUUAGAACCAGUGAUAAUGGAACUUGAGAGGCAGCAAAAUAUCUUGAUAAUUGGUCAUCAGGCUGUUUUACGUUGUAUUUACGCAUAUUUUCAUAACCUGUCUCAAGAUGAUUUACCUUAUAUUAAGAUUCCACUACAUACGGUUAUCAAGUUAACACCUAAAGCAUAUGCUUGUCAUGAAGACAGAUAUAAAAUUGAUAUUGACGCGGAAGAAAAUGAUGUAAAGAAAAUGGCAGGAAGAAGGUGGCAAAAGAGUGGAAACAACGUAAACUAUUAUCUUGGUGAAUGA